AGGGAGGGUCAGGUCAUAGUUGGGUUUUGUUCCUGCUGGAGCGGGAGUACUCUGCGUGUAGGGAGCGGCACUGCCGGCUGCCGAGGCCUCGGGAGUGUCCCCGGCUUGCCAGUUAGCAGAGUAGGCGGCGGAGCGGCGGCCCCUGGCAGGUCACCAUGUGGGCCUUCCCGGAGUUGCCGCUGCCGCUGCUGGUGAAUUUGAUCGGCUCAUUGCUGGGAUUUGUGGCCACUGUCACCCUCAUCCCUGCCUUCCGUAGCCACUUUAUCGCCGCGCGCCUCUGUGGCCAGGACCUCAACAAGCUCAGCCGGCAGCAGAUACCAGAGUCCCAGGGAGUGAUCAGCGGUGCAGUUUUCCUCAUCAUCCUCUUCUGCUUCAUCCCCUUCCCCUUCCUGAGCUGCUUUGUGGAGGAGCAGUGUAAGGCAUUCCCCCACCAUGAAUUUGUGGCCCUAAUAGGUGCCCUCCUCGCCAUCUGCUGCAUGAUCUUCCUGGGCUUCGCUGAUGACGUACUCAAUCUGCGCUGGCGCCAUAAACUGCUGCUGCCCACAGCUGCCUCACUACCUCUCCUCAUGGUCUAUUUCACUAACUUUGGCAAUACAACCAUUGUGGUGCCCAAGCCCUUCCGAUGGAUUCUCGGCCUGCAUUUGGACUUGGGGAUCCUGUACUAUGUCUACAUGGGACUGCUUGCAGUGUUCUGUACCAAUGCCAUCAACAUCCUCGCAGGGAUUAAUGGCCUAGAGGCCGGUCAGUCACUAGUCAUCUCUGCUUCUAUCAUUGUCUUCAACCUGGUGGAGCUGGAAGGUGACUACCGGGAUGAUCAUGUCUUUUCCCUCUACUUCAUGAUACCAUUUUUUUUCACCACCUUGGGAUUGCUGUACCAUAACUGGUACCCGUCACAGGUGUUUGUGGGAGAUACCUUCUGUUAUUUUGCUGGCAUGACCUUUGCUGUGGUGGGAAUCUUGGGACACUUCAGCAAGACCAUGCUGCUCUUCUUUAUGCCACAAGUGGUCAACUUCCUGUACUCACUGCCUCAGCUCUUUCAUAUCAUCCCUUGUCCUCGACACCGCAUGCCCAGACUCAACACUAAGACAGGCAAACUGGAGAUGAGCUAUUCCAAGUUCAAGACCAAGAACCUCUCUUGCUUGGGCACCUUUAUUUUAAAGGUAGCCGAGAGCCUCCGCCUAGUGACAGUUCACCGAGGUGAAAGUGAGGACGGGGCCUUCACUGAAUGCAACAACAUGACCCUCAUCAACUUGUUGCUUAAAGUCUUUGGGCCCACGCAUGAGAGAAACCUCACACUGCUCUUGCUGCUAUUACAGGUCUUGAGCAGUGCUGUCACCUUCUCCAUUCGGUACCAGCUUGUCCGACUUUUCUAUGAUGUCUGAGUUCCCUGACGAUCGCCCUUAACCACACAGUCUCCACAGGACCUCACCCGGGGCCAACCUCUCACUGAUCCAAGACUGCCUUCUGGUCCAGGUCUCUCGACUGUUCGUUUUUUUCAGAUUUUGUUUUUC